AUGGCGGACGGGGACAGCGGCAGCGAGCGCGGCGGCGGCGGCGGGUUCGGGACCGCCCGCGGCGGGGCGGGGGGGGCCGGCCCGGCCGCGGGGCCCGGCGGCGGCGGCGCGGCCGGCCCCGAGCAGGAGACGCAGGAGCUGGCGUCCAAGCGGCUGGACAUCCAGAACAAGCGCUUCUACCUGGACGUGAAGCAGAACGCCAAGGGCCGCUUCCUCAAGAUCGCCGAGGUGGGCGCGGGCGGCUCCAAGAGCCGCCUCACGCUCUCCAUGGCCGUGGCCGCCGAGUUCCGCGACUACCUGGGCGACUUCAUCGAGCACUACGCGCAGCUGGGCCCGUCCAGCCCCGAGCAGCUGGCCCAGGCCGCGGGGCCGCCGGGCGAGGACGGCGCCGGGCCCCGCCGCGCCCUCAAGAGCGAGUUCCUGGUGCGGGAGAACCGCAAGUACUACCUGGACCUGAAGGAGAACCAGCGCGGGCGCUUCCUGCGCAUCCGCCAGACCGUGAACCGCGGCCCCGGCGGCCCGGGGGGGUUCGCGGGAGGCCCCCCCGGGCUGCAGAGCGGCCAGACCAUCGCGCUGCCCGCCCAGGGCCUCAUCGAGUUCCGCGACGCCCUGGCCAAGCUCAUCGACGACUACGGCGGCGAGGAGGACGAGCUGGGCGGCCCCGGCGGCGGCGGCCCGGGCGGCGGGGGGCUCUACGGGGAGCUGCCCGAGGGCACGUCCAUCACCGUGGACUCCAAGCGCUUCUUCUUCGAUGUGGGCUGCAACAAGUACGGGGUGUUCCUGCGGGUCAGCGAGGUGAAGCCGUCCUACCGCAACGCCAUCACCGUCCCCUACAAGGCCUGGGCCAAGUUCGGCGGCGCCUUCUGCCGCUACGCCGAGGAGAUGCGCGACAUCCAGGAGCGCCAGCGGGACAAGCUCUACGACCGGCGCGCCGGCCCGCCGGGGCCCGGCAGCGGCAGCGGCGCCGGUGACGACUCCGACGGCGACGACGUGGACGACGACUGAGCCGAUCCCCCCAGCCCUCGACCCCGACGCCGGCCCCCCACCAUCCCCCCCGAGCCCCGGGGCGAGCGGGUCCCCGAUCCCCCCUCCCAGCGACGGGGCAGAGGGGUCCCGGAGCCCCCCUUCCCCCUCCCAGUGACGGGGUGAAGGGGUCCCCAAACCCCCCGGGUCCCCGCUCCCAGCAACGGGACGAAGGGGUCCCCGAGCCCCCCCCCAGCAGCGGUGGGGCGCGGGGGUCCACAGGCCCCCGAGCCCCCCCUCCUGCCGCCACCGGAGAGAGAGAAACCUGCCCGACCGUGCCGCGGCCCCCCCGGCCCCUCCCCGGCUCCCACCAGGGGCCCCCCGGACCCCAGGACUCGCUGCUUUGGGGGAGCAGGGGGUCACCCGCAGCCCCCUCCCCUCCCGGUGCCCCCCCCAUCUAAACCAGCACGCGAGGGCCCCGGAGCCGAGCGGCGGCGGCAGCGCCGGGGGCGGGGGGGCAGCGGAGGCACCUUGGACCAACGGCCGUUCCCUCGGCUUGUGAUUUUCCCUUCAUUUUCCUUUUUUUUUUUUUCUUUUCCCUUUCCUCCUCUUUCCACCUUUUUUUUUUUUUUUUUUUUUUUUUUUGGGUGGGGGGAGGUUCUUUUUGGUUUUUUUGGUUUUUUGGGUUUUUUUUUCGGGAUGCAAACUCCAGGCGCCCGAACUGGAACCCGCCCCGAGCUGGCGGCUCCCUGGCCAUUAGGGAAGAUUUCCUCGGUUUUGCCGAUUUCUGACCGUUUUUCCCCCCCUCCCCGUUUCCCGCCGGGAAGGGGGAGGCGCCGGCACAAAGCACAAGGAAAAACUCGACGGGGCGAACCAUCUUCCCCUUCUCUCCAAAUAAGGCGCCUCCGGCCCCGUUUCACCAGGACCCGCCGGAAUCCGCCCCUUGGCUUCACCCAAAUUGGAUUUUCCGGCCCCAAAUCCGUGGCCACGCCCGGCCCCGGCACCUUGGGGGUGGAUUUUGGAGGUUUAUUGUUAUUUUUUGCCUCCUUUUGUCUUUUUUUGCCCCCCUGGGCCCGGCCCUGGCGCCGCCUGGUCCCUCCAGCCACCUCCUAUUAAACACAUUUUUCCACUCUCAAAUAGUCUUUUUUUUUUUAAUUCUUUUUCACUCCCUCGGCUCAGUCCUGCCCUGUACAGAAUUCCGGUUUUUCACCCCGUUUUCCCAUAACUCUGAACUCCAUCGCUCUCAUUCCAAAGUUUUGCCUCUUCUUCUCCAACGGUUUCACCACUUGUAGGACUUUUCUUUUUUUUUUUUCUCCUUUUAAUCCAUUUUUGGGAGCCCAAUCAGCUGCCUCCUUAAUUUAUUACCACGGAUCUGGCAUCUCCCUCUCUCCAUAUUUAUUGGGAAGUGAGGAACGGCCGCAGAGCCCUGGGGAGCCCCCACGCCGCUGUCCAUCCGUCCGGCCGGCCGGCCCCUGGCCCCAUCCCGCUGCUCCCGCCGGUCCCGCCGCCGUCGCUCUUUUUAAAGGGAUUUUUAAAGCGAAUUUCUUCCGUUUAUCCCGUUUUUAAGCCUUCUCCGUCGCAAAGGACCUGGAUCCCUCACUCACUCACUCGGGAGCAAUAGUCCUUCCUCGAUGGCCGAUGUGUCCUGUACUGUAUUUUGUACCCUCAGGCAGCUCUUUCCGGUGAAUUCCUGCUGUAUCCACCCAUCCUCCUGGUCCUGUGUUCUUUGCCACGGAGAAAAAUCCAUAAACCACGACGGCGACGACGGAUUUGGGGGGAAGAACGCUCCCAGCUCCGCGGGACUCACCGGCGUCCAGCCGCGGGACCUCUCCUUUUAUUUUUGAAGAGGAUGAGAUAUAUAUAUAUAUAUAUAUAUAUAUAUAAAAAUAUAUAUAUAUUCCUUUGGGUUUCUUUCUUUUGGCUGAAUUGCGGUGAUUUGGCCUUAUUUCUACUCUGGGAGAGCGGCGGAAUUGCUGCUGGCCCGGCCCAGCUCUGAGGAGCUGGCUAGAAAUACGUGGAAGAGGAAAAAAAAAGCAAGGCAAAACCACCUAAAUCCAGUAAUAAACCCAAAAAAGCAGCUCCCGGCGUUGGCCCAGGGAGCCUUUCCUGGCCAGAGAAGCGCUGGAUCCAUGGACACAACCUCCCACAGCUCCAUUUGGGUGGGAAGAGCAGAGCACGUCGGGGGAAGACAGCGGAGAAAAACAGCCAAAACGAGAUAAAAUAGGGGAAAAAGGGGAUUUGAGGUGCCAGCUGGAGCGAGGGGAGCGGCCAUGGGGGCGGGGAUCUUGGGGGGCAGUUUUGGGUUAUUUUUUCUCUUGGAGCCCCCCAGGAGGCGUUGGGAGUUUCCCAGGAAAGCGGGACAACGCCGGCAUCUCCCCUGACCCCCUUCCCAUCUCUGUGUGUAUAGACAUGGCUGUGUGUACAUAGCUCAGAUUCGGUUGGGUUUUGGGUUGAAUUCUGUAGAAAAUGGGCAAAUUGCUUUUUUCUCUUUUUUUAAUUUUUAUUUUUAAACCACAAAUAGGGGGGAAAAUAUCCCGAAUUCCUGGUACUUCCAGCUUUGCUGCCCCAGAGGGGCUGAUGGAGAACGCGAUGAUGGCUGUACAGACAGAAUAUUGGAAGUCUUGUACAGCGCCCCAAAACCCACUGGAAAAUACCCCAAAUGGCUGGGUCUGGAGCGGGUGGUGCUUCCAGGGCAAGUUCAAACAGCUUCCGUUCUUUUUGCCCUAAAAAAUACAAAAGAAAAUUUGGAUUCUCCUGCCGUGUUUCCAGGCGAUUUGGGAGCAGUGGGGGCUGGUUUGGGGGGCCACGCCAUGGCUCCUCAUGUUGGUGACAAAACCAACCCAGACCCUCACUGGCCUCUCAUAAAAAAAGCAAAAUGUGGAAAAAAAGUCGCAAAAAAACUGGAAAAGAUUUUAAAAGAGCAGCUGAGGGAGCACUGGGGGUAGGCAGGGUGGUGCACCAGGGAGCUCAGCAGGUAUUCCCAGUGUGGGCUCCGUGGAUGCUCCCAGCUGUUCCUGCAGGGCGAGGCCCUCGCCCUCCUCGCCCUCCUCAUCCUCGCGGAGCCGGUAGAGCCAGCGUUGCCGGGGUUGGGCGUUGGCGGGAGCAGCCAGAUGCGGGCGGGACGGCCGGGGAGGAGCACGGCACGGCACGGCCUGCAGCCCCAUCCCAGCCGGGGCUCGGGCCUCGGAGCAGCGGUGAGAGCGGCUCCAGACACGGGGCAGCCCAGCCACGGGCUGGGACAGCAUUGGUGGGGAGAGCGCUGCAUCCUCCUCCAAGAGCCACGCACUCCCAGAGCUGGGUUCGCUGACAGCGGGGUCCUCCAAGAAUGGCAUCCUCCGAAAGCUGGAUCCUCUGAGUGCCCGAUCCUCCUUCGAGAGCUGGAUCCUUCAAGAACUGGAUCCUCCAGGAGCUGGAUCCUCUCAGCACCAGAUCCUUCUCUGAGUGCUAGAUCCUCCUCCAAGCUCGAUCCUCUGAGAUUUGGAUCCUCCAAACACUAGACCCUCCUCUUCGAGCUGGGGUCUUCUCCAAGCAGCAGAUCCUCCUCGGAGAGUUGGAUCCCCUGAGAACUGGAUCCCGUGAAUGUUGGAUCCUCCUCCGAGCAGCGGAUCCUCCUCGGAGCAGCAGAUCCCGGGAGCGCCGCCUCCCUCCCCGAGCGCUCGCCAUGACGUCCCUUUGCCGAAAAGAGAAAAAAAAAGAAAGUUUUAUUCCUGUUAUUUUUUUAAUGAAAGAAAAACAAAAACUAAAGCAAACCUGCACUUUAGGCGGCCGGGGGGGCCGGGGCCCCCGUGUCCCUUCCCUGCGGCCGGCGGGGCGGCUCCGGGGGCCGGAGGCAGGUCCUGGGUGUUACCACUAGCGCAGACGAGGCCGACGCGACGAACUCCUCCUGCUCCGAGCACUCCUGACGUAGCAGAUUUUUGCAAAUGGAGUUUUACAGUCUAUAUUUAAAGAAUUGUAUGUUUGUAACAAAUAAAGUAUGCGGAAAAGUGAAUGAAAA